AUGGAACCAGCGAUCUCACGAGUCAACUCCUGGUCGACCAACAGAACACUGGUUGGCAGCGAUGGCGGUAAGGACUCGCACCUCUACAAAUCCAUGGAGGGUACUGCCGGUCAGCUACCCAUCAUACAGACUCCAGACAUGAGGCAAUGGCUUGACGUCAGCACACUCCCACUCUCUGGAAAGCUGCUCGAGGAGCUUCUGCGCCUACACGGUCCUCCUGACAACAAGAUCGAAUCUCGCGGAAACUUGGCUAAAAAGGCGAGCAAGUUUAAAGCCUGGCUCCGACAGACCAAAACGGGAGCAGAUGUCCGCUUUCGCAGCAAUAUUGACAAUGCCCGAGAAAAAGUGAUCGACUAUCACAUCGAAUCCUACCCUGACCCCAAAGCACGUGAUGAAAACGGACCGGCAAUAGCGGAGCUUGAUGGUAUCGAGAUCCAGGGAGUCGCAGAACUUGCGGAGCCUGUACCAGAGCUGUUCGACACUUCUGCGCCAUCGGAAUUGGUUGUAGCUGCAGACACUCGCAGAGCAUCCGCAGAUGAGAGUCACGACGAGCCGCUACCGAGAUACGAGCCACGAAGGGACCCGUCAACGGUCUCCACGUCGAGCAGCAGGGUGGAAGGUGUCUUAGUACCAAGGCCUUCUGUGGGCGUGCAUCAGCCUUCGUCUCCAUCGACUACUACGGCACGAGGGUCAGACGCCUCCCCAACAAGCGAUCACGCAAGCAGCGCUGGUCUCGAUGCACGCAAUACAGCGCCCGGCCAAGCUUCCGGCGCCGUGCAGCAACCUGGUGAGCAUGGUAAUCCUCCGAGGCCACUGAUAGACCUGCUGGAUUCAGCGGACCGCCAAUCUCAGGAGGGGCAAAAGCUCUCAGAUAACUUACAAGAUAUACUGGCAGCUAUUCAUAACCACCUGGCGAACAACAAAGCCCCAUCGGACGACAAAGUUCCUGACGGCGGCGGUCGGUUCCGUGUGAUGAGUACUGAAUCGUACGAAACGGACACAGAUGCAGAGCCGCGUAUUGUUCGCAGAGCGACCGUGGCCAGGUCGAAAGGCAGGAAAUCAGCCAUUACCUCACCAAGACGUAAGAGGAGUGCCUCUACUGCUAUCUCUCCAUUGUCAUUCCAAUCAUCCAUCAGACUCGACGAUGACGAGCAACCCAAUCAAGAGUUGUUUCGAAAGCAGACACUGCCGAAACGUCUACCUGCGAGCGCUGGUGCCGAAGCGAUAUGGCAGUCUUUACUUCGCAUGCAGGCCAAGAUCCUGGGACCGGAACACCCGAUGACAUACCAGGCGAAAUCUGACCUGGCUCAUAGUAGGACCAGCAGUCAUGGCAGCGGCUUCCAAAAUCUCUCUGCUCUACAAGCGAGCAGAGAACUUGCUGUGCAGACGUUAGGCAUGGUACAUCCAUGGGUUGCGGCGUUCUGCGAAGAGCUUGAAAAGUUGGAAACGCUGACAGCUGGCAAGAUUGAAGGCGACACGUCAACUGCUGGCCAAGAGGAAUCUACAGUAGUUGCCCAUCGAGGAGAAGGAACUCACAUGGUGCCACACACCAAUGACGAAAACGGAGAAAGGAUCGUCCCAGCCGGCAGAACAAUCAUUCAGGAAGUCCAGUCCUCCAAUGACCCAGUGAAUGCCGGAGUCGAGCCGUUCAAUACCCCAGUGCAUGCCAAAGUCGAGCUGCCAAAGAUCAACCCAAACGUUCCACCUCCCCAGCAAGAACAUUCGCCCUUGUCACGAUCUACAAACCUCGAUGGCCUCUGGAACGUUCAACAUCAGCCGCAUCGCCCCAGAAGCACCUACAAAGCGUUUUCGGGCUACGUUUUCGAAGGCCUCACGAACAGCGCACUUAACUCAGUAAAGUGGCUGCAACGCAACUACGGCCCCGAACGACCAGUGGAGCCGGGCAAAGAGCGGGUACGAUGGACUUGUGCUUGUGGCGAGGAAUUGCAUGAUGACUUCGUCGAAACGCGGCAGGGAGCAGCUCGCGAACUCCAAGCAUAUCUUAAUCGUCCACAGACACGGACUGGCGGCGGCAAUAGCCCCACGAGCCCUUCGAGCUCAAAUGGUACUGGCAGCUUCAUGGGCAGUUCGGUAGGUGGGACACUUUCGUCGACCACCUCGCGGUCAAGCUAUGGCUCGCAAGUUCCCAGCUUUACGGGAAGUAGCGAUAGUACUAAGCCUCCGCAAAACGCACCUGGGCCAUACUUAUACCCCGGCUACACGCCGCUGGCAGACCCACCAUGGCUUCUCGUUUGCGCCAACGAAGACCGCCACACGCCCAAGCUCGCCCAUCUCGACAUGGGCCCACAGAUCAGAUCCGACAAAGACCUCGCUCUCUCACUUCGAGACCACUACUUCCAAGUCAACGGGAAUUGGUGGCGCUCCCUCCGAAUACGAGGCUUGACCACGAUCGAAUUUGUCCAAUUUGAGGUGCACCAGAAUCGCUUCGCAGACAUAAGAAAGUGCCCAGACGUCCCCCCUGUGUCCACCGGCGACUACAGCUUUGAGCCUGGAGAUUUGCUGCCGCCGGUUGGGAGCACUUAUUUGCUGCACUUGUUCAAGCACCCUGGAGACUACGAUGGCGAACGCAUCACCUAUCUGCGAUCACCGAAGAGGAACGGGCGGCUACAGUGCGGUGUAGGCUGGGGCAUUAACAUGGUCGAGGGGUUCCUUCCGGAUAGAGUCUGGAUGGUUAUUAGCUCCCUCUUUACACUUGGAAGCCUCGCUUUCAUGAUCGCCUGGGCAGCCAUCAAACACGAUGUGCAGGGUGCUUCUGGUGUUGCCGCGUGGAUAACUCAUAGCCAAGCAACUCAAAAUCGAGCAAAAGACAACAACAUUUCCCUGGUCCCCAAUGACACCGACCUAGCGAACCGCAGCGACUACAUCAUCUCCAUCGUCCCACCCCGAGACGCCAUCGCCACCGCCCAACGCAUCAUCGAUGUCUCAUCUUCUGGCUCCCUAACCCAACGCAGCAACCCUCUCUACUACCUCGACCUCAACGCCACGAGCCCCAAAACAGCCCGCCACAUCGCCUCCGUCUUCUCCACCUCCGCCCCUCAUAUCCGCUACAUCGACGGCGGCAUCAUCGGCGCCCCUCCCUCUCCACGCAAUGACGCUGCAAACACCUGGUACCGCCCCAGCAUCCCCCUCUCCGGUCCCCACCCCCUCGCAGAAGCCAGCCCAUCCGGCGCCCACCUCGCCUCGGUCCUCAACGUCAAACACAUAAACCCCACCAUCGGCUCUGCCACCGGCCUAAAAAUGUGCUUCGCCUCCCUCUCCAAGGGCUACACAGCCUUGGCAAUCCAAUCCUUCACCACCGCCUCCAACCUCUCCGUCCUCCCUCAACUCAAAGAAGCCAUGGCCGAGUUCAACCCCGCCGGUCUGCAGAGCGCGGAGAGAGGCCUGCCGAGUAUGUGUCCGAAGGCUUAUAGGUGGGUGCACGAGAUGCGGGAGAUUGCGGAGACGUUUGAGGCGGAUGGAGGGUUUGAGGCGGGGGAGAGUAGUUUUAGGAGUAUUGCUGAGGUGUAUGAGUUGGUGGCGAAUGGGACGGUGUUGGGGGAGGAGAAGGUGGGGAGUAGGGUUAGGGGGACGACGGCGGAGGAGGUGGCGCGGUUGGUUGGGGCGGGGACGGCGAGGAGGAAGGAGAAAGUUGAGUGA